AACUUGUGAUCUCUUUUAUCUCUUUAUCAUUUGCUCAUGGUCUGAGUAUUUCACUAGAUCUCUUCCAUUUCUCUUAUCUCCCUCUCUUUCUCUCUCUUUUUUUUUUUAUUUGGUUGAUUUUCUGUUUGUUUCUCGAGAAAUUUUCUGGAGUUCUAAAUUCCAUGCCUCUGAUGCGUGGAUUUUGAGGUCUGCUUUUCUGGGUUCUUCAUCAACUGUACCAAAUUUGCUGCUUUACCUACUUUGUUAUCUGGGUAAAUAGAAGCGUGCAUAGUGUUUUCUCUUUCAACGCAGGUUUGGAGGGUUGGAAAUCAUUGAACAAAGGUCUGUGCUGGGACUGGGCACAGUACUGUUUCUGAUGAGUUCUAUAUGCUUGUAAUGGUCAGUGGCUACUGUGCCACUUAGGUGGAAAAUAAUAUAUGCCGGCAGUUUCCAAGACACAUUAGUCUGAAGGACGUUAUCAACAUAUUAUAGUAAAUGUCUUUCCGCAGUAUAGUUCGUGACGUGAGAGAUAGUUUUGGGAGCUUAUCGAGGCGUAGUUUUGAGGUGAGGUUGCCUGGUCAUCAUAGGGGUAAAUCUCAUGGGUCAGUGCAUGAAUUGCAUGAGCAGCCUGUAGUUACUCAGAAUAGCCGUUGGGCUGGUCUCCCACCUGAGUUAUUGCGUGAUGUGAUUAAGAGAUUGGAAGCAAGUGAAAGCAUGUGGCCUGCACGCAGACAUGUUGUUGCAUGCGCCGCUGUGUGCAGGUCGUGGAGAGAAAUGUGCAAAGAAAUUGUCCAAAGUCCUGAGUUCUCUGGAAAAAUAACCUUUCCGGUUUCACUGAAACAGCCAGGAUACAGGGAUGGAACUAUCCAGUGCUUCAUUAAGAGGGAUAAAUCUAAUUUAACUUAUCAUCUCUUUCUCUGCCUUAGCCCGGCUCUACUCGCGGAAAAUGGUAAGUUUCAUCUUUCUGCGAAGAGGACCCGGACUACAUGCACUGAGAUGUUAUCUCGUGGAUGCUCAGAUAUAACGAGAUCGAGCCUGAAUGUGCUGGGUACCAGAGGCCCUCGCAGGAUGCACUGUACCAUGCACUCAAUCCCUGCCUCAGCCCUAGAACCAGGUGGCAGUGUCCCUGCCCAGCCCGAGCUUCUCCCUCGUUCUCUUGAGGAUUCCUUCCGCAGCAUCUCUUUCUCAAAAUCAAUUGAAAACUCUAGUGAGUUUAGCAGCGCUAGGUUCUCUGACAUUGUUGGAACUCGAGAUGAGGAAGAGGAGGGGAAGGAGAGACCGUUGGUACUUAGAAAUAAAGCACCAAGAUGGCAUGAACAGUUACAGUGCUGGUGCCUCAACUUUCGUGGCAGAGUAACCGUUGCUUCUGUCAAGAAUUUUCAGCUGAUUGCUGCAACGCAACCUGCUGCUGGUGCACCAACACCUUCACAGCCUGCCCAAUCAGAGCACGACAAGAUAAUUCUGCAGUUUGGGAAGGUGGGUAAGGAUAUGUUCACAAUGGAUUACCGGUAUCCCCUCUCCGCCUUCCAAGCUUUUGCAAUCUGCUUGAGCAGCUUCGACACCAAAUUGGCUUGUGAAUAGAAGAAAAAAGGAAAAAAGAAGAGACUUUGUGGUAAGAAAUAGAAGUUGUAGCUGGUAAUUUUUUCUCGUCUUAGAGUUUGGUAGGAAGGGUUUGUUGUAUGAUGCAGAUCAAAUGUUUAACUCUUGGAACAUUUGUGAACAUUAGGGGAGGAAUGUUUUCAUUUCUUCCAUCAGUUUAUUUUAUUUCACCUCUUAUUUUUUGUUUAUCAUCUGGGUUAGUAUGAUAUGUUCUUUGUUGUUUAAAGUCUGAACCUUGAUGUUCUUUUAUGUGACAAAUAUGUUAGAGAAGAA